GCAUCCAAUGUCGAAGACUUCAUAUGUUUUGGCGAUUUCUUCAUCGCUACAACUUCUUCAUAUAGCUGAAGCCAUAGAAUAAAGAAAUUGCGACAUUUCAACAACUGUUGUAAAUACAAGUCGUUGAGCUUCCCAUUUAUCCAAAUCUGUUGAUCAACUUUAUUGAAUCAUCUCGGCGGCCUAUCCGGGUUUCGUGUUUCGAAAUGGUCAGAGGAUUGCCUGCAAAGGUCAUUGUGAGAGGGCUGCCUCCUAAAUUAAGUGCUGAUGAUUUCAUCAGGAUUGUUGACCCGCUACCCUCUCACACCUACUUUAGGUUUUGUGGUGCUGAUGACUCAUUGGGUGGUCUGGGGCUGACGCGGGUUUACAUUACAUUCAACGACAUAGAUUCUCUAUUUGAUUUCAAAGAAAGGUUUGAUGGCUACAUUUUUUUGGAUAGCGAGGUAGUCCUAGUUUUUUAGUUACUCGUUCAGGGAAAUGAGUCCUCUGCACUUGUAGAGUUUGCCGUUUGCCAGGCAUUGGCGAUUGCUAAAGGCUCUUCAGACGAUAAUAAGGGAGGGAAAGUGGACAAAAAACAGGGUUCCUUGUUGAAAGACUCAGCAUAUUUGAAGUUUAUGAACUCGCACUCUGCUGAAGUUUGUGCCGAAAUAUCUGAAUCAGAGUCUAAAAAAACUCCCUGGGAAUCCAUUUUAGAUGAUCUCCAAAACAAGGAAGCGAACGCUCUUCAGGUUAGUGCGAUAAUGCAAUAUUAUUUUUUCAUCCUUAAUAUUCAGUUUGUAGUCUUGAUCAUUCGUACGUAUAUAUUGUUAAAUAGGGAUAAAAUUCUCAAAGAUUGCUGCAAACAUUUUGCCCAUAGUCUUCAGUAAUAAGGAUAGUAGGUUGGUGAACCUGUGUUAGUCCUGACAGAUUGCCUUCCAGUGAAGGUUCAGCUCCUUGAAAAUAUUGACUGAUGGGACUGGUACCACUUGUUUGGGUAAGCCGUUCCAAUCAUUGACUACUCAAUGAGAAAAACGGGACCCCACUUUAAGUUUAUUAGAUCGCAGCUUGUGGACCUUCUUGCUAUAACCUCGGAAAUUAUUAGUGCUUGAGGGAGCAAAAAAGAGAAGACAUUAACACCCAAAUCACCAUUAAAGAUACGAAAUGCUAGUGUAUGGUCACUUUGCGUCCUACGAUACGAGAAGGGUAAAAGGUUUAGGCAUUUUAAGCUAUCAUCGUAAGGGAGUUUGGGAAGACCUUUUACUAAUUUUGCUUCCGAACGCUGAACAUGCUCAAGUGAAUUGAUAUUCUUUAUCGGACAUGGGCUAGGUGCCUGGAUACAGUACUCUAAGUGUGGUCUUACAUAGGUUGGAUAUAAAAUUCGAAAAAUUUCCUCGUCAAAGCAUUUGAAUGCUCGGCAAAGUGACCAUAACUCACGGUAACAUUUGGCAGCAGCUGCGAUGAAAUGCGUAGUUGUUUUCAAGUCAUGACUUUUUGUACUUGAACUCGAAGAAGUGAUAUACCAUCAAUAAUAUAAUGGUAACUACUACCAUACGACUGUAAAGUUUAAAUUUGUCAGUGAUGCUUUCAUCCUUAGGAUUGACGUAGUCAUUAUAUGGUAUUUCCAGCCCUACGUAGUGAGUAAUCGAAAAGUCAAUUUAGAACCACAUGUUCUUAGUAUCUACAAAGAAAAGAAAUAUUGAAUACUGCAGGACAUCUAUCCAUGUUCAUUCAAGAUACCUUGCAUUAAAUUGACCGUGUUAAACUUGGAAGAUCGUAAGGUGACUACAGUGUGUUGUGGCAUUACAUACUACAAAAGUUGAUUUGUUAUGUUAUUAGGGGUUAAUGGCAAUGUAAUUAGUUUGUCUAUCUCUGAUCGACACGAGUUACCCUUGAAAGGUUCUCAUCAUCUGGUUAUAAGCUAGUUGUUUCCUUUCGAUAGUUCAUCCAUGUUUUGUGCCUAUACAUUUCAAAAGUUCGCAUUGGAGUAAUUUUGAGGAUCGUGAAAUGUAAGCUCAAGUGAAGGUAGCCCUUCAAGGGUUUUCUAAAGGCUUCGUCGUCGUAGUGCGAGAUUUAGAUAGUUAUAUCUGGUCCUCAAAUUAUGAGUAAGCUAGUCUUCUAUACAGCGUUACAAAAAUUUCUCGAUUUUCAUUAGCUACUGUGUUGGAUAACUCCUGAGUGAAUGUUUAAAGCGUUGGUUCCCAACCACUAACUUGAAAGCCCAGAUUUUCCCACAUACCUCGGCCUUAGUAGCCAGGUAAAAUUGCUGGCCCUUGCACAAAAUGUGGGCAUUUGUGGUAACUGAUAUAGUCGGUGACGGUGUUGUUUCCUAAAUGUAAAUGUUUCAAAGCCAAAAGUAACAUAGUUAGCUGGGAUGGACAAAUAAAUAAAGUACAUUAUUAACUUAAAGCACAUAUGAUAGGUUAUUCGAUCAUUCACUAAUCCUUCAGUUAAAAUGUUAAUUUUUUUGUAUGGAAGUAAUAUAAGUUGUCUUUGUCAUUGCAUAUGGAAUAAUUCAUAUUGCUUCUGCCUGUCCAUAAGCUUUCCACAUAUCACAAUUUCUAUUAUCACCUGAAUAACUUACUGAGCGUUUCGUACGGUGCUAGUUACUGUUGUGUACAAUGGAAUGCAUAAAGGGGAAAGAACAAAUAUCUUUGGCACGCCACUAGUGUUGGUGUGUUUACGGUUGUAGAAAAAAGAUACGUGAGGCUUCUCUCCUUCGCUCAGCGUUUUAUCUCAAAACACAACCCAUUCUCCAAUAUUGACUAUUUCGUCACUAAAUAUUUCUUUCUUGAUAAUGUACUAGUUUCUAGCUAUAAAAAGCUUAUAAAUUCCCACGUGAAUUCCCAUGAAUAAUUUUACCCUACAUUCUUUUCCUUUCUGCAUGAUGCUGAUGGUCAGAUUAAACGUCUGACUACUCAUCAUUAUCACCUAUUUGCUAUCUCACUAGUGCGUGAAAAUAUUAUUUCUACCUCGUGUAAGUAGUGUCGUUAUCUUUCUGAUUAUCCGUACUGUUUGUCUGCAUAUUUCUAUCUUUAUCCGUCUAUCCAACGACCUGUUUACCAAAUACGAGUUUAUGUUCUUAGCUUUACCGUUUGUUUGAGGGUUUCUACCCGGUUACCCAAAUCAAGUAGUGUCAAACUUGUAACAUGCUGGGUUAAACCCGGAUUUUCUAAUCAUCAAGAUAUCGCAUAUGUAUACGUAUUAAACCUCCGGAUGAUUGUUUUGUAGACACAAACUGUCACACCACUUUUAACCUACCUAAAUAACCGUGGUGGAGAUAUUAGACGUAAAGAUGAAGAAUCAUCACGUCACAGGCAGUUUAGACAAGGUAAUGCAUCUGUCAUCAAGAAAACGCCGAAAGUAGACAAAUCUGUACGAAGUCAUCCAUCAGUUAGGCGACCUCAUGAAUUAAAACGUAUUUCUUCUGAUCGCAUUUGCGAGGUUUCAAACAAAGAAAACCCUCAACAUAAUAGCACGGAAGAUUUAACGAGAGUUGAUCCAAAAAUGCAAAAGAAUAAGAAUUCAGAAAAGUUGAUCACAUUGGAUGCAAAUGAAUUUCCUGCUAUGCAAAGUUCCUGUCAGCGUCCAAACAGGUCUACAAAUCAGUGUUCGAGUUGGCCAUCAUUUCGGGCAUCAAACAUUUCAGAUGCAACUUCAGAAAAACCUAGUGCAUCAGCGUCCAGAAAAUCAGCCAUUGUAGCGGACUCAAAACCAUUUUCGGGGAUUUCGGAUUCUAGUUCAGAAAAUAGGGUUAGAAUAAACCUUUCAGAAUUAGAAGGACACAAAUCAUCAGAAUGUGUGAUAAAACCAACAUCAAAAGAAUCACUACCAAAAUGUCAAAACGAACAAACUUUGAACAGCCAAAGUGAGCCAAAACAUAACGACCAGAGUUCAACUCAAGGCAACGCUUUACGAACUAAAAAGGGGAAUUAUUUCUCUGCCCGUCCAUCUGCUUCUGUCAAUCAAACGCGAAAACACUCAAUAGUACCAGCCGGAGGAAAACGGGAUUCAGAUGCAAAUAUGCAGAAUUACACUUCAUCCUGUCAGGUUGAUGACCAAGAAAAUGAAUUUAGUCAUGAACGAUACAACAACUUUUCGAAGUCUGGGAUUCGUGGUCGCGAUAACCGACGUGGUACCGUCUCCAGUCAUGAGGUACUUCAUAAUUCGUCUCGCGAUUCCUAUAAGUAAGUAUUGUCAUAUCCACUUGUUUCAUAUUCUUUACUACAUAUAAAUGUCAUUUAUUUUCUUCAGCGUCAAUUCCUAACGCCUUCUAGUUUCCUUUUAUCCUGAUCGCAUAAUGCAUUUGGGGCUAUGAUUGUCUUUUUACAAUUACAUUUUAACUACAAUUAUCUGUUUUAGAUUCUCUUUCGUAAAGCAAUCAAAUUGUUAAAUCAACAAAAAUAUGUGUAUCUUCAUUUUUAUUUGGUACUUCCAGCUCAUUCUGAUGUAGGUAAAAGUGAAUAAUAGAUUAAUCAUGUGUUUUCUGGGUUAUAUAAAUGGUGAUAAUUUCAGUUCAUAAGAAAGGUCAAGGGAUCUUUUUAAUGACCAUAAAAUGAUUAUUUUGACUAAUAUUGUCCUGAGGCUUUUGACCCACCAGCGUAAAUCGAUUUUAUAGUUUAUUUUGCUUAUUGGUUUCUUUUCAAACGUUCCUUAAAACUGUUGAACCAUUUUAGGGAUAGGUUCAGUGGCAGCAAAUGAAAUUUGGUAUUUAGAAUGUUAUGUUUCUUGUAUACAUACUAUGUUACGUAAUGUCUUUAACAAAAAUAAAAGCUUUUACAACUUCUAUACUUACUUACGUCUGUUGCCCCUCACGGAGGAGCAUAAGCCACCCACCAGCACUCUCCAUCUAACCACGUCCUGAACAAUCCUUUCCAGUUGCCGUUCAUCCUUUUCAUGUCCACUUCCGGUUACCGACGCAGUGUGUUCUUCGGCCUUUCACUUCUCCGUUUCCCUUCAGGAUUCCAAGUUAGGGCUUGCCUCGCAUUGCAGUUUGGUGAUUUCCACAAUGUAUAUCCUGUCCACUUCCAACGUCUUUUCCUUAUCUCCUCUUCAGCUGGAAGCUGGUUUCUUCUCUCACAUAGUAGGCUGUUGCUGAUGGUAUCCGGCCAACGGACAUUCAGUAUCUUACGUAGACAAUUGUUUAUAAAUACUUCUACCUUUUUGAUGAUGGUUGUGGUAGUUCUCCAAGUUUCAGCUCCAUACAGUAGAACUGUCUUGACGUUCGUAUUGAAGAUUCUGACUUUGAUAUUAGUUGACAGUUGUCUUGAGUUCCAUAUGUACUUCAGUUGUAGGAAUGCGGACCUUGCUUUGCCAAUCCUCGCCUUUACUUCUGCAUCAGAUCCUCCUCGUCCGUGAAAGAUUCCACAUCUUCCAUAGCUUCUCCAUCAAGUGUGAUUGGGUUGGUGCUCUUCGUAUUGUAUUUGAGGAUCUUGCUUUUUCCUUUGUGUAUGUUGAGGCCUACGGAUGCAGAGGCUGCUGCUACACUAGUUGGCUUCAUCUGCAUUUGCUCGUGUGUAUGGGAUAGAAGGGCCAGGUUAUCUGCGAAGUCCGAAUCUUCUAAUUGGUUCUGAGCUGUCCAUUGUAUGCCGUGUUUUCCCUCAGAUGUCGAGGUUUUCAUAAUCCAGUCGACCAUCAAAAGGAAGAGAAACGGAAAAAGUAAUCAGCCUUAUCUGACUUCGAUCCUCGCUUGGAAUGAAUCUGUUAGCUGUACUCCAUGCAGCACUUUGCACUGUAGUCCGUCGCAUAAACUCCGUAUGAUAUUGACGAUUUUCUCAGGUAUACCAUAGUGUUGAAGUUUCCCUAGGACGCAUCCCAAACAUGAUAGCAUUGUUGCUUGAGGCGGUUGAAAGGCUGUAUUUUAUUAGUUCAGGUGUUGACGCAGACCAGUCCUGAAGCAACAACUUGCAUUUAGAGGGAUAGAAGCGCAUCCCAAACAUUCUGGCAUUGUUGCUUAGUGCUACCAAAAGACUCUGCAUUUUAUCGGCGUCUUCACCAAACAGGACUAUAUCAUCUGCGUAUUCUAAGUCGAUAAGUGGACCUUCUGGUAGGAGAUCAAUACCCGAGAAUUCAGUCGAGAAUGUUAUUUCCAUCAGUAGGUCUAUGAUGAAGUUAAACAGAAAUGGAGAAAGUGGACAGCCUUGACGGACACCACUUGAGGUUGCAAAAGUAGAUGACAGUUCGCCAUAAGCUCUGACUCGACUAGUAGCGUUCGAGUAAAGAGCCUUUACAAGGUUUAUGUACUUCUGGGGUACGCCUUUCAAUGACAGACACUGCCACAGAAUCUCGCGGUCUACUGAGUCAAAUGCUGCUUUUAAGUCAAGAAAGACCACCAUUGUCGGACGUCGAUAAGUAUGCCUGUGUUCUAGAACCUGACGAAUGGUGAAUAUGUGGUCGAUGCAGCCACGACCAGGUCUGAAGCCAGCUUGGUUCUCUCGUGUUUGCAGUUCACGAGUCUUAGUUAGGCACUCGAUAAUUAUUGAUUAAGGGCAUCCAACCACCUUUCUCCAUUGUCCCAUUCAAGCAGUGGGCUCAGACAGGGUUGCCCGAUCUCACCAUUCCUCCUCAACUUUGCCAUCGAUGACAUUCUGGAAACAGCUCUGAUGGAUGUAAGUAAUGGUGGUGUGGAUCUGUUGCCUGGAGAGAGACUUCUCGACCUUGAUUAUGCAGAUGAUAUUGUCUUAUUGUGCGAUGAUAUCCAAGCCAUACAAUCCUCGCUUAGUCAGCUCCCUUAGGAACUGCGUGUGCUUUGCACCUUCGAAUUGCAAAGUACUUUUACAAGACUGACAGGACCCUGAUCCUACACUCACCCUGGAUGGUGAGCAGAUAGAAGUAAUCGAGAAGUUUGUGUAUCUGGGUAGCUACACAAGUGCUGGUGGUGGCGUGAGUGAUGAGAUCAAUACACGUAUAGUGAAAGCCAGAGCAGCUUAUGCCAAUCUGGGUCAUCUUUGGCGCCUUCGUGAUGUCAGCCUGGCUGUAAAAGGUCGGAUCUACAACGCGUCGGUGAGAGCAGUUCUGCUCCAUGCUUGUGAAACCUGGUCUUUUCGAGUUGAGGAUGUUAGGCAACCCUGUGUCUGAUCAUGGUUGUGUUCGAAGGAUUGCUGACAUCGAGUGGCAUCACCAUGUUAGUAAUGCAGAGCUUCUGCAUCGUGUGUUCAGGCACAGAGACGAUAAUGCAAUUUGUGUCACCAUCUUGAAACGUCGACUUCAGUGGUUUGGACAUGUUCUACGAAUGUCGUUCCAGAGAGUUCCACGUCGUACAUUUUUUGGUGUCUCUGGGACUGAUUGGAAAAAGCGGAGAGGUUGUCAAAUUAUGAUACGAUGUUGUGGUGUGAAAGGAAGUCGUACAAUACUUGCAUCUGUUUGUCCUUCACGAUAUCCUGGUUGGGGUGCUAAAGAUAAUGCAACACACAGUGUCUAGAGACGUUAUCAAAAGUGGAUCAGAAUAAAAGCCAAUGGCGAGCUUGCUGUAGUUUUCUUUUACUUCACAAAAAUGAACCUAACUUUGUCUGAAUAAUUCGUUCUGACUAUAUUAUUCUUAACGUCACUGUUUCUCGCGUUAUGAUUAUUAUUCUCACUAUUAUUAUUAUUUUUUCACACUAAUACAUCAAUUUCUCUUCGUUGUUCUCCUUUUUGUUGUACACACUUCACAUUAUCUAGCUCUUCACGACAUCAUCUUUAUUAUGUGGCGCAUAUGUAUUUUGUACUCCAUUGUACCAACGUUUAUUAAUUUAAAGAAACAUAUAACUAAAGUGUGGUUCUAUUCACGUUAAUCAUAUCUAAGUAUUACUCUUCAAUCUUUUUCUGUGCAUAAUAAUAUCACUAUAUGAUAUACUUUCUAGCAUUCGAUUAAUUAGCAACCUCAAGAGUUAAGCAUGGUAGCCAAAAUUUGUGGUGUAUGCCCUGAUUCGUAACUGGUUAGUUUUAUAAUAUACUUACGAAAAUUCAUGUAAUUAAAGCCAAGUAAAUUACAAUAUUUUACUUAUGACAUAAUUUCACCGCCAAAUAUGUUACAACUCUAAUUUGUUUAUGAAAUUUCAAUUCUUGAUCUAAUAGGGGAUCUCAACCGAGCUCCAGAGAGACUGUUAACCGUGGUUAUGACUAUCGAGGAGAAGGAGAGUCCGUCAGAAGUGACUAUUAUUCUGAUCAACAAAAUUCAAAUGCUCGGUUUUCUGGUGCUUCUCGAAAUUCGUGUUUUUCAAGCAAAGGUCGAGUAAAUUCAGUGAGCACUACCAGUUAUCGCCGUCCUGGUAAUUACGCUUCUCGUGGUCGUGGUUCUGGUUACUAAGUGGUAAUUAUUUUUUGUUUGUACAUAUUAAGUUUUCUUACUAACUGCGUUUUUUAAAACAUUUCAUGAGAGCUCUCACCCAUUGAUUUAAGAUAUAUAAUCAUAAUAAUCACACACUAACCAAUGGUUGUGACAUGAAAUUUACGACCUCUAUUUGAAUAUCUUUUAUAUAACCAACAUGUUGAAGGUUACCACCAGCAAAGAUCGAGACAUUGAUGUUUUUCAAUUAUUAAUUUGCAGCGUAUAAAAUUUUGAUGUAACUCAAAGUUUUUUGAAUAAUUUAACCCCUUUUGUUUGUUCUUCCUUACAGUAUCUUCACAAAUAAUUGAUUUUAUUGAAAUCUGCAGAUACAUAUUAAAAACAACCUGUUUUAUUGAUGCAACUCAUUUAAUUUACUUCUACUUAUGUACCCAUUUUAUCAAAUAAAAUUGUUUUUGUAUUUUAAUCGAUUACUGGCUGGUCUGUUGAAAUCACUUAACGAAGAAUGGGAUACAUCAAUUACAUCCCAUCCAUAAAUAUGUUUGAUUGAAAGAUAACUGUGUAAGACAAAUUUCGUAUUACAAAUUAUGAUAUCAAAAAUUAGUAAACAAGAAAUUAUCAGCCAUGUAGUAGUUUCAUAACCAGAAUCUUAAAGGUUAUUGGGUCGUAUAUAUUGCAAAUUAUCGAGUUGAAGCUCUUCUAAGAUUAUAGCGCACUUGCGUUGUAGAUAUUAAUUCUCUAAUAUGUGUAGUGCAAGCAAAAAACACAUUACUACAUUCGAACGCUCAUCACAAAUCACAAAAUAUACAUAGCUUAGAAAAUGAUAACCUGUACUUGUUUUGCGGUUGUGCAAAUAAAACCAGAAAUCCCAGUCAACUUUUCUUGUAUACUCAGUAUACAUGUAUGGUUCAAAAUUAUUGAUGUAAGUUCAACGAACCUACAAUUUUUAAUUACCUGAACACUUGGGAUACAUAGUGACAACAUCCUCUGGAAUUAUUUUACUCUUAAAAGUUUCACACACGGAUUUAACAACCACAAAGUUUGGAGCCCUGGAAAUCAAUAAAGAAUGAAUCUUCCCUGUAUGAUUUGCCAGCUGAAAGGACCAUUGACUUCCCACAUUAACUACACGAGCAACUCAUUCUUAUGAUUGGUAGACCAUCUUGUCACUGGAUGUAACUCUUCAAACAAACGAACAUUGAACUAAAGACUUAGAUUCACUGCCAUUGGCUUGCCUAAACUACUAAAUGGCCGAUAUUUUUUGAAACACAUCUUCAUGCCGGUGUUAUUGAUUACUGUAGGUCUAUUGUAAUUCUGGAAACAUGUUACACAUGAAUAGCAUUUAAUUUUUAACAGCUGUCUCGAAUCGUAAAGUGAUUUUUUAAUAUCAUAUGGCCCGUUAAAUAUCAUGUGACAAAACCGCCAAUCAGAACACCGACCUAUAUGAGCUUUUCCUUAUGCUAAACCAUUGAUGCGUUAAUCAGUACCAGCAGCCUUGAGUCAACUGAGUCCGUAUUGGUUUUCUGUAUCGCAACUUCUCGUCUAGUCCAACCCGUUCAGUCUAGGACACAAACAUCAGCCUCCGCUGCAUAAAUUGCAUGUUUCAAACAUAACUGGUUUAUAUACAAGCAGACAGGACCUGCAUCACACCAUAAAAUGAAAAAUAAUAAUUAUACUUCAUUAAGACACAAGUGGCUGUGUGUAUGAGAGACUGUAGCCAAUAAAUUAAGAAUGGUGAGUCGAAUAACCUUAGCCAAUCGGUCAAAUGAAAGUUGAUGAUAGAAGGAAUACGAAUAUAUAUAUAAUCUAGUUAAUGAUUAUCUAUUAAGAAUAUAUGUAAUAAUAGUCCCUAGCAGUUACCAUACAUUUAUUCUUUCGGAUGUAACAAUUUUCGUGGAAUUUUAAUUGUUUUACAAAACCUUCCGUUUAAAAUCUGACACCCACAAACCUCUAGAAAUGAUAUCAGCCUCACUGUUCAAAGUACUUUGAGAUAGCUUAACUCGUAACACAGUUUACGAGUUUCUCCUCAACUUGGAGAAUAAAUUCCUUUAAUUGUCUGAAACGAGGGUUCCCAUUGAGCAUUUAGAACUACCUUUCUGAAUUGUAGGAUAGAGGAAAGUACUGAGGGCAUGAAGUAAAUCGAAUCAAUGUUACACCAUUAAGAUCUCGUUUCCGUUGGGUGCGUGACACAUAUUUUGUUGCCAGUGUG